CAUAAUUCUAAUCAUCUUGUUAUGUUUCCUCCUGAUUCAAGCUUGAUAAGGAUAACAUGUAUCUAUGGCAAAAGGACACGCUGUCGUAGGAGGGAUUUCUCUGGUCGUUGACUGAAGAUGCUUGCUGAAGAUUUAUCUGUGGGAGUUUUGUGUUGCUUUAGUGGUGGAAUCACAGAAUAAAAACCCAGGCACAGGCUGGUGAAGAAUAUUCUUCAGUCAACGUCUCCGUUCAACGAAUUCUAUAGGUCUGAAAUAUGGUAUAGUUCAGUGGUCUGAAGUAUCUGAAUGGAAUUUGUUGACUCCAUCAAGAAACCGAUUUUGGAUCGUCCAAAUUCAGUCACGUCCAAAGAGAAAGGGGAUAUUACCAUAUAUCACCAACAAAUUCAGUUUAGCUCGAUGAUGCUGUUUGCAGAUGGCGACUAUUCCUAUGUCUAUGCAAAUGCACGUUUCGAAUAGAAUAGCCUGCCAUCUUAUCGCUGACACCGUGGUUGUCAAAGAAGACGACCCUCGAUCGUAGUGCGUUUUGCCACAGGGGCGAAGGGGAACAGCAGAUCCAUUGACUUUUAGUGGGUUCUAAACUGCCGUGUUUCUGUAGUAAAAACACGGUUAACAUAUCCCUGAUUCGACACCAUCGCUGAGCAAAUUACCGGGUUAAUAUUAACACCUCGAACAUGGCUGAACAACCGAGCGACGUGGAUUGGGAAUGUGACGAAAUUCUUGAUCCCCAAGCAGAGCCGAUGUCAAGAGGAAACUUAGCGGAACUGAAAAAAGAAACUGCUAAUCAACUUUACAAAAACAAAAGAUACAAGGAUGCGCUGGCAGUGUACAAUGAAAUUAUUGAGCUGUGCCCUGAUGCACCGGCAUACUAUGGCAACAGAGCAGCAUGUUAUAUGAUGCUUGAUAAAUAUCACGAUGCUCUGGCUGAUGCAAAAAAAUGUAUUGCCAUUGAUCCAAAAUUUAUAAAGGCUUACACAAGAGUUGUGAAAUGCUCUUUAAUAGUUGGGGAUAUUGUUGGAGCAAAGACAGCUCUGAAUAAAUUACAGGAACUUGACUCAAAUAAUAGUCGUAUUCAACCAGAGCAAAAACACCUGGAACAUUUGGAGAAAUUUUUAAGAGAAGCUGAUGUCGCAUAUGCUAAGAAGGACUUCCGAAAAGUGGUGUAUUGCAUGGACCGCUGCUGCGAUGUAAGCACUGCCUGCCCAGCAUUCAAACUGCGAAAAGCCAAAUGCCUAGUAUUUUUAAAAAGAUUUCAAGAAGCACAGGAAAUAGCAAAUGAUAUUCUGCAUAUCGACAAACAGAAUGUGGAUGCAAUUUAUGUACGUGGUAUGUGUCUCUACUAUGAAGACAAUGUAGACCGAGCAUUCGUACAUUUCCAGCAAGUUCUCCGAUUAGCACCUGACCACUCCAAAGCACUUGAUAUAUACAAAAGGGCAAAAUCCUUAAAACAGAAAAAGGAAGAGGGCAAUGCUGCGUUCAAAAUGGAAAAAUAUCAAGAAGCGUUUGAUCUUUAUACAGAGGCUUUGACAAUAGACCCCCAAAAUACUGUGGCUAAUGCUAAAUUACACUUCAAUAAAGCCCUCAUAUAUGCAAAGCUGAGAAAAUUCAGGGAAUCUAUGGAGGAGUGUACUGCAGCAUUGAAGCUAGACGAGGGCUACCAAAAAGCUUUACUCAAACGAGCUGCGUGCUAUAUGGAGCUUGAAGAAUAUGAAGAAGCCGUUCGAGACUACGAGCAAGCUUGGAAAGUGGACAAAAGUAGAGAUAAUAAAAGACUACUACUAGAAGCCAAGUUUGCACUAAAAAAAUCAAAGAGGAAAGACUACUAUAAAAUUCUGGGUAUUGACAAAAAUGCAUCGACCGAUGACAUCAAGAAAGCAUACCGAAAAAGAGCUAUGGUGCAUCACCCAGAUCGUCAUGCAAAUGCCUCAGACGGCGAGAAAAAAGAACAGGAGAAAAAGUUCAAAGAAGUAGGAGAGGCAUAUGGUAUUCUAUCGGAUCCAAAAAAACGCACGCGCUAUGACAACGGACAUGAUUUAGAGGACAUGGAUAGAGGACACGAAAUGGAUCCGAAUGCGAUAUUCCAAACCUUCUUCGGACAUCACGGCGGUGGUUAUCAAUUUCAGGCCGGUGGUCUGCCGAAUGGGUUCACCUUCCAGUUUGGUUAAUUUUAUUUUAGUUGCUGUCGUAAAAUGAGGCAGUGUGCGUCAGAAGAUGAUAUUCAUCUCUGUAUGAGUAGACAAUUUCAUCCUCAUUCUAUUUUUCUACAUAUAUGUGUUUGAAAUUGCGAAUAAAUUAAUUUAAAAAUUUUCCUGAGUAACACGUGAAGAUUUUUGAACUUCCGCUAUAGGCUAUUAACCAUAUUGAAUUACAAGCAAAUUUGGGAUUGUUUUGAUUUCAAUGAAAUUGUUUGUUCUUAUUAGAUGACAUAUUAUUUUCUAUAUUGCCAAACUGCUCAUUUUCAGACCAAUAAUAACUCACCAUCCCACAUCUCAUGCAAACAAUAUUCUCCCCUGAUAUAAAGCAUUCGUCGUAAUUUUAAGCAUAGACGUCCUACAUAAUAGACAUUGUAUUCAGAAACUGAUAAAUUGACAAAAAAUUUCUAAAUUAUGGUAACCUUGUUAUCGAUAUUUAUUGAAAUACUAGAGGCUGACAGUUAAUCGCCUACUUACCUUUGAUGCAAUUGUAAUACACGUACCUGCAUUAAAUUUGUUUAUUACAAAGGACGGAAUACAUUCGUCAGUCAAAAUAUAGCUAUUAGUGCUUCUGCAAAGGAAAAGACUCAUCAUCUAUUAACGAAACCAUUAACAUUUUUCUAAUGACCUCAUUCAUGUCAUAACAAGAUAGAGGUAGGAAUAAACAAAAAGAUGAGAAAGAAGUGAAUCUGAGGCUUGAAGAAGAUCACAGAAAUAUAUUCAAUUUCCAUUUAACAGAUAGUUUGUUACUACAUGACUGAUUAAAUUGGCAUCGUUACAUCUUUUGUACCGAUGCCAAAAAAACAUAUAUCCAUGAUGAAAGUGUUCGUUUAAAUUCCACUUAAAAUUAGACAUGAAACUUGUAGUGCAAUUUGUGUUGUGCCAGUGCUUCGUGACUUGCGAGAAAAUAUAUUAAUCGCCGAUUUCUUAAGAGCUGAAAGCAUAAACCCAUCAAUGCUUGUUACAAAAAUGGUACACUGAUUGUGAGUAUUCUAUUAUACUCAUACCUAAUUUCACUAUGUUUGAAAAGUGCGUUAUAGGCAGACAGUGAUCAUAAAAUUAAUUGUGUCCAUUUGUGCUACCAUCCCAGUCCCAUCAAAAAUCAUAAAAAUUAUGGAGUGUCGUCCAAUAUUGCCAUUCUUAGCCAUCCUAAUGGCCAACUAUCUAGUUUAGAAUAAUUUGAUUAUUCGUGAGCCGUUGACGUUUAUGAUACACAUACUUCCUUUUCACUGUGGUUCAAAACUUGGUCUAGCUAUGCUGCCUCAACCGUAUCAAGAUGAAGAAAGUAGCAAUUCUCUUUCUCUGUGUGAUGAUAAGGGAACGAAUAAAAACGUAAUAGUUUAAAGUUUUAAGGAUUUUCAUUCUUUCGUCAAAAUCUCAAUCUUCAACAGUUUGCAAUGUACUUGAAAUUUUCUGUACAAUAUUGAACGAAUUCUCUAGCUUAGAUAUUCAAUGUAUCAGAAAAAUUAUUGUUGCUUCUCAGAGAUCAGGAAAGAAUCUUCUUCGGAAACUUCCUUUAGGAGAAGAAAGAAGUUCAAAACCGGGUGCGGGAGAAAUUUCAAGAAUUUCAUCCAUGGACAUCGCAAAAUCAUUCCUACGCACGGUCCGAAAAAUUUAAUUUGCUGACUGGAAUUCUUUCGCUGUACUACUACCGGCUAUGAAAGUUUACGGAUUACGAUGGGGCGAUGUACAUAAUGACCUGAAUUUGAAAAAACUUUACCAAUCAAUUCUAUUGGCAUACUAAUACCACCAAGAAUACUACUCUUAACAUAAGCUUGAUGGCAGUAUUUUGGUAUAGAAUGUGUCGAUGUAGAUAUUAAAUAGAUAAUUUGAUAUAAAAAUUAAGAUCGUGAGAAAAACAAUGGAGGUAAAAACUAUUUCUGUUCAAAUACCAUCCCUAAACCUUUACACGUACGUAUAUGCAAUCCAAAGGAGUAAAACUAUAAUAUUAUUUAUGUUCUAUUUCUAUGCUAACAUUGUACGUUCUGAUCUGAUCUCAUGUUACGUUGUAUUAAAUGAUAUAAGAAACACAUUCUUGCUUUCUCGUUACUCAAACAAUUUUUAAAAAACUUUCGCAAUAAACAUUUGGUAUAGGAGUAGCUGAAAUAUUAUGAAAUUUUUGGCACCACAUCAAAUAGUCUGCAACAAUCCUGUACCAGACGUCUCAUGAAAUAUUUUCAAAUUCCGAAUUCACAGCAAAUCUCGGAGUCACAAAGCUUGUAAUUAGAAACAGUUACCAAUUGUUGAGUACAUGAUUUUUCUGAAAUAAAAAACUUGUAUAAAGACAUAAAAGUA